AUGGCAACGGCAAUUCGAGAACAGACGGACCCCUAUCUGGACCGCGACACGAUUCUGAGACAGAUUCAAGACCGUGUUCUUUGGCUGUCGAUGCAGAUGGUCCACUACGCGAACAACGUGCGCCAUUCGCCGGACGGCAAGGUGGGCGGUCAUCAGGCAUCCAGCGCAUCGGUCGUCACGAUAAUGACCUCGCUGUACUUCGACUACAUGCGUGGCGGCGACAGGAUUUCCGUCAAGCCCCACGCGUCCCCAGUCUAUCACGCCAUACAGUAUCUGCUGGGAAAUCUCGAUGGGGAAUAUCUCAAGACUCUUCGGGGCUUCCACGGCUUGCAGGCAUACCCGAGUCAGACUAAAGACCCUGAUGCCGUGGAUUUUUCCACCGGCUCUGUGGGGCUGGGACCCGUAGCGCCCAACUUUGCAGCCCUUACUGAGGAGUAUCUGCGCUCACACCUCCACUUUUACAACCGCGCGCCGCGGCGAUACAUCAGCCUCGUGGGGGAUGCAGAGCUGGACGAAGGUUCAAUCUGGGAAGCCAUAGCAGAGCCGGAAAUGGCCGAUCUGGACAAUGUGCUGUGGGUCGUUGACCUCAACCGCCAAAGCCUCGACCGCAUAAUUCCUGGCAUCCGCGUGGGAAGCUGGCGAGAGAUGUUCGCAGCCAACGGAUGGAAUUUCCUGGAUGUCAAAUAUGGUAGGCGCCUGCAGAGCGCCUUCGCCGAGCCCAAUGGCGAAUUGCUGCGAAUGUGCAUAGACGAAAUGUCCAACGAAGCAUACCAGCGGCUAUUGCGUGUCGAUCCCUCUACGCUGCGCGAAUGGCUACCACGAUCCAGCAGGUAUCCACGAGACUUAGCGCGCUUCAUCAGCAGGUGGGAUGAUGACGAGUUUCACAGCCUAUUCAGUAACCUCGGGGGCCACGACUUCUCCAUGCUGCGAGACGCAUUCGCCCGCGCCGACGAGCUGCGAGGUCCAACUGUGGUGUUCGCCUACACAUUCAAGGGCUGGAUGCUGCCUUCCAUUGGUGACCCGCGCAACCAUUCCAACCUGCUGUCCACCACUCAGAUGGAUGAACUACGCGAGCGUGUAGGCCUAUCGAAGAGUCAGGUGUGGAGCGGCUUCGCGCCCGAUUCGGCGGCAGGCAGAAAAUGUCUCGACACGGCCGACCAUCUUCGCUCUUCCGAAUCGCGCCCGUUCUCAUCACUGGUUCACCGCCUUCCGACCGACCUCGACCAUGAAUACAGGGGAAGCAUUUCCACACUUCAGAUAUACGGGUUGGUUCUUACAGAUCUAUCGCGCAACCUGCCCGAGGUCGCUGACCGCAUCGUUACCGUCAGUCCUGAUGUGGCAAGCUCCACAGGACUUGGAGGCUGGAUAAACAGAGCAGGCGUGUGGAAGCGCACCGAGCCUGAGCUUCUACCAGAGGAAGAGGUCGCAAGCGCGCUCAGGUGGAACGAGUCGUCGCAGGGCCAGCAUAUCGAACUCGGUAUCUCUGAAAACAACCUGUUCAUGAUGCUAGGGCAGCUAGGGCAGUCAUUCGAGGCCAACGGCGAGCUGCUGUUCCCUAUCGGAUCGCUGUACGACCCAUUCGUCAGGCGAGGGCUUGACGCAUUCAUGUACAGCAUUUAUGCAGGCGCGAAGUUCAUCGUCGUGGGAACGCCGUCAGGCAUCACACUUGCACCGGAAGGCGGCGCGCACCAGUCCUUGAUUACACCGUCAAUCGGGAUUGAAAUGCCGGAGCUUGACUUCUACGAGCCCUGCUUCGGCAAGGAAGUCGAAUGGAUUAUGCUGAGCGCGCUCGAACAGGUUCGGCGGCGCAGGCGCUCAAGUUACUUGCGCUUAACCAGUAAGCGCGUUGACCAGUCGCUCUUGACCUUGCCGGAGGACGCCGGCGAGAGGGAGCAGCUACGACUUCAGGUGCUAAGUGGCGCUUACCGCCUCGUCAGCCGCGCAUCGGAAGCGCACUACCAACCGGGCGAGAAUGUGGUGAACAUCAUGGCCUGCGGCGCCAUGAUUCCUGAAGCAGUCGAGGCGAGCGAGGAAUUGCUGCGCGAAGGAGUAUUCGCAAACAUCAUCAACAUUACCGGGCCAGGGCCCCUGUACAGGCACUAUCAAGACACCGAGCGCAAAGCGCCUGUCGUGACCGUCGCCGACGGCCAUCCCCAUUCGCUCGCAUGGCUCGGCGGCGCGCUGGGCACAACUGUAACACCGCUCGGCGUGACCGAGUUCGGGCAGUCGGGCAGCAGGACGGAGCUUUAUAAGGAGUACGCUAUCGAUGUUGACAGCAUCAUCGCCGCAUGCUUCACCGCUCUAGACAUAUAG